UAUGUUAACAAAAAGUAUAAGAUUAUUCAGACAAUUUAGAUUUUGUUCGGCUCAUGAAGAAAUUACUAAAAAAUAGGCUGAAUGGUCAAUUAUAGCAAAAUAGAAAACAUUAUAGUAAUUUAACAAUUAAUUUCAAGACAAUAAUAAUUUUUAGAAUAAACAUUAACAUAAGACUAAAAAUUAAGAGUAAGGGCAAUAGCUGAUGCUUGUUGCGAAUUAGAUCUCUUUGAAUUAUAAUGUUUAAUGAGCUUAUUGAAUGAAAAUCACUACAAGGCUCAAGGUAUAGGAAUUUUUGAGAUUGAUACGAAUUGGCCUGUAAUAAAACAAAAUGAAGUACCAACUUGGCCUCCAAAAGAGAAAGAAUAAAUUGAAGCUUACAUGAAAGACCUAUUUGGAGAGAAUGUCGUAAGAUAAAUAUUAAAUUACUUAGCCAGAUUUCAAAGCUAUUUUUGGUGGUGUAGGAUCAAUAGGAAAUUAAGCCCCAACAUAAGCUACUAAAGAAAUACCAAAGUAAGAAGAGAAAUAAGCAGAUGCUACACCAAAAGUUGAAGCUGAAGUAAUUAUGUAUGUAAAAUAAAGAAAAAAAAUUAUGAUAUAGAAUUGAGUGCUAUUGAUGCAGCUCAGAAAAUAAAAAUAAUAAAAGAAGUUAGGUAUUUUUAAGUGAAAUCAAUUUAGAUAAUUACUCAAUUUAGGAUUGAAAGAAGCCAAAGAUUUAGUUGAGAAAUUGCCAGCCAAUUUAGGUAAAUAAAUACCAAAAGAGAAAGCCAAUGAAUUAAAAGAAAAAUUAACAGCUGCUGGAUGUACAAUUAUUUUGAAGUGA